CAGGUCCCAGUUCUAGCCUGGGCGCUAAUCUCCAGGCCAUUUUCGCCGCUGUGGAGCUCCGGGAACCUCAAAUGCAAAACAAGGCAAUUAGAAGCCUGCUAAACUAAAGGCAGUGCACCUCGGACCGCCCGCCUUCGGACCUAACAGUCCUCCGGACUCAGGGGGACUGGGCGGGGCAUCCCUGGGCAGGCUGCAGAGGCGUGGCCAGGGCAGCCUUCCGGUCUCAGAGAGGCAGGGGCGGAGUCCGCGGGCCUCGCUCCUCCCCGGACAGGGCGGGGCCUGGAAAUCUCGCUCGGGAGGCGCGGGCCCUGGGGGCCCAAAGGGUUGUGACCGCCUCCUUCCCGAGGUAGGACCCCGGCUGGGAAGGCGAGUCCCAGCCCUGAAGGGAAGGAGGGGGAGAGGGCUGCAGGCCAUGCCCUGGUCACUUCGAACCACUCUCUUUUGGGACCUGAUCCUGGGCGUAUUGGGCGUCUCUGCCUUCCUGACCCAUCUGGGCUCCGACCUGUGGGCCGUGAGCCAGUAUGUGCUCAGUGGUCACUACCUGUGGGCCACACUGGUGUUGACGCUGCUGGGCCUCUCCUCGGUCGUACUCCAAGUCUUCAGCUGGGUCUGGAUGCGCGCCGACCCCACUGACCUGCACUCGUCGCAGCCCUCAGGCCGCUGCCUGGCGCUGCUGCAUCUCCUGCAGCUGGGCUACCUGUACAGGUGCAUGCAAGGGCUGCGGCAAGGGCUGCUGGUGUGGCAGCAGGAGGUGCCCUCCGAGUUCGACUUGGCCUAUGCCGACUUCCUCUCCAUGGACAUCAGCAUGCUGCGGCUCUUCGAGACCUUCCUGGAGAAGACGCCACAGCUCACGCUGGUGCUGGCCAUCGUGCUGCAGAGUGGCCAGACCGAGUACUACCAGUGGGCCAGCAUCUGCACAUCCUUCUUUGGCAUCUCGUGGGCACUGCUUGACUACCACCGGGCCUUGCGCACCUGCCUCCCCUCCAAGCCCGUCCCGGGGCUGGGCUCCUCCGUGAUCUACUUCCUGUGGAACCUGCUGCUGCUGUGGCCCCGAGUCCUGGCUGUGGCCCUGUUCUCAGCCCUCUUCCCCCGCUAUGUGACUCUGCACUUCUUGGGCUUGUGGCUGGUGCUGCUGUUCUGGGUCUGGGUUCAGGGCACCAACUUUAUGCUGGAUCCCUGCUCUGAGUGGCUGUACCGGGCAGUGGUGGCCACCAUCCUUUAUUUUGCCUGGUUCAAUGUGACUGAGGGUCGCACUCGAGACCGCAGCAUCAUCCACGUGGUGUUUCUCCUGAGUGACAGCGUUCUCAUGGUGAUCACCUGGGUAACGCAAAGUGCCUGGCUGCCCAGUGGGAUCCUGCUGCACAUAUUGCUGCCUGCGAGCGGCAUCAGCUUCCUUUUGGGUCUGGUCCUGCGGCUUGUCUACUACCGCUGGCUGCACCCUAGCCGCCGCUGGGAGCCUGCUGAGGUGGACGGGACCCGGGGCCUCCGCUGCCUUCAGUUGUAUCAGCUGCCUCAGAACAGGCGCAUGGUCCAUUUGGCCCAGAAUUUUUUCCCUAAGGCUUGGGAUGAGGCCGCUUCUCCAUGGGAGAGAGAGGUAAAGGGGGUCCUUUGAAGCAGGGUCAGAUUCAGCCAGGGGACGAAAGGAUAGACGGAGUCAACUGGUAGAAUGCAGGAGAUGAUUAUGCUGCUGUGGGCCUUGAUUCACUCAACAAGCGCUUGAUGCCUGAUUUUGCCAGGCACUGAAGACCAGAGUUAAGGGAGACAAAGCCCUCCCUCUAAGGACAAGAACAAGAUGAGGAGGGCCAGGCCUUGUGGGGGUCAAGGGCCUCAAUUAUAUAGGAAGCACUUUGGGAGGAAAGAAGAGAUCCCCUUUUCUCUUUCUCCCAGUCAGUGUAUCUGGUGCCCAAGGCACCCAGUGUGGGUAUUUCCACCUGUAACGUAAUCGGUGGAGGUGCCCUCCCGGCCCUUAAGUCCCCUGUCCUGGGCGAGAAGGUCCUGAGACCUCCAGGAUGUGUUUCCCAGGAUGUGUUUCCUCUCUCCUGCGCCCCACCUUGGUCGUUCAGUUCACUCGCCAGAUGUUUACGGGGAGCAGUUGAUGUGCCAGGAGCAUCCUUCUAUCCUUGGAGCCUGGAGCAAGACCAGCUGCCACCCUACCGUCUCCGCUGCUCCUGCGGAGGCUGUCCUGCCGGAAGCCAGGCAUGCCCAGUGGCUGGCUCCCACCAGCCCCUCCAAGGCUUUAGUGUCACUGGCCCAGCCCCCACCCCUGCUCUCAAAGGGCCACCUUUCAACCAAGUGCCUUGUGAGCCUGUGGUCUGGGCCAUGACUCAGCCGUUGAAUAUUUUUUACGCUUUAGGCAAUGUACUUUCUACCUCAGUCUAUUGUGAGAGAAAGGAAGGCGUGUGCCUGUGUCUGCAAGUGAGAGACAUGUAUGUGUUUUUGUCGAACAGUAUUACUGGGUUAUUAUUAAAAAGCUUAUAAAAUCCUCC